AUGCAGAAAUAUCUAGAAGAUAAGGAGAAGGUCCUAGGGAUCACAGGAGGAGACGCGGAGGAAACCACAGUGGCGAAGGUCGUGAAGGGGUUGCUAGGUGCAGGGAUAGGGGGGGGACUGAUUCCAUUUGCCUGGUAUAUAUGGAAAAGGAUCUUUAAGCCCAGCCAGGAAAGAAGGCAGAGGGUGAUGGGCGUGGGUUAUGUCAGGACAGCCGAAGGAGAAGGUAGCACUACCGACGUCUCAUCCGAAGAGUUUCAGGACCCGAUGAGGAGGAGUUCUGAGAAGAUAGAGGAGAAGCAGGGACGACUCCGGGGGAAUAGAGGCAAGGAAUUCCCGAUGUCCUCCGUGGAAAACGAAGCUAUUGUUAGCCGUGAAGUCCAAAUUCCCCUAUCCAAACGGAUAAGCUGCCACGCCUGA